AGAUCACAGGGCAUAAGUAUACCCCCCAAAUACUCACAUGAGAGAGCUGAAGAAAACCAGCAGAGAAAAUGAAAAGCAACUGGCAUCUUCCACCUUUCUUGUACAUGUGUAGUUUUCUGGGGUCUUUGGUGUCAGCUACCAUUCAGCAUCAAACAAGAUUUCCAGUCACCUUUGCUUCUAACCAAAAGACUGAUCUCUGCCCAACAAUCAGGAUUGGCCAAGAUGACUUGCCAGGUUAUGACCUGAUUUCUCAGUUCCAGAUAGAUAAAGCUGCCUCCCAAGGAGUUAUCCAGAGAGUGGUAGGCUCCACAGCUUUACAGGUGGCUUAUAAAUUUGGCAGCAAUGUCGACUUCAGGAUCCCAACCAGGGCUUUGUAUCCCAACGGAUUGCCUGAUGAAUAUUCCUUUCUAACUACUUUUCGGAUGACUGGAAGCACACUUCAGAAAUACUGGAGUAUUUGGCAGGUUCAGGAUUCUUCAGGAAAAGAACAAGUUGGAGUGAAGCUUAAUGGUCCAGCUAAGAGCAUUGAGUUUUCUUAUACAGGACUGGAUGGAAGUCUCCAGACUGCAAACUUUUUGCAUUUGCCUUUUCUGUUUGAUUCCCAAUGGCACAAGCUUAUGAUCAGUGUGGAGAAGACCAGUGUCACUCUUUUUAUUGACUGCCUUAAGGUAGAAUCCUUAAACAUAAAACCAAAGGGCAAAAUCAACACUGAUGGCUUUGCUGUGCUGGGAAAACUUAACAACAAUCCUAAAAUUUCAGUUCCGUUUGAACUCCAAUGGAUGCUGAUUCACUGUGACCCUCUGCGACCACAAAGAGAAACAUGCAGUGAACUUUCAUCCCGGACCUGGAUAAGCCAGACGGCCGUGGUGAGAGGCCCCCCGGGCCCGCCCGGCCCCCGCGGCCCGCCCGGCCCGCCCGGCGUCCCCGGCAUCGACGGCAUCGACGGAGACCGAGGUCCCGACGGCCCCCCCGGCCCGCCGGGGCCGGACGGGGCGGCGGGGAAGGCGGGCGGCCCGGGCCUGCCGGGAGAGCCGGGAGCCGACGGACUGACAGGACCUGAUGGAUCAUCUGGCCCAUCUGGUCGAAAAGGACAAAAGGGUGAACCUGGAUUGCCUGGAGCUCAUGGGCUUCCAGGUAAGGGAAUUAUUGGAUCAGCUGGUCCCCCUGGUGCAGCAGGACUUCCUGGUGAAGUUGGCCGUGUUGGUCCACCAGGUGAACCUGGGAAGAGAGGACUACCAGGCCUACCAGGACCACCAGGCCAAAGGGGAACAAUUGGGCUACAUGAUGGAGAUCCACUGUGUCCCAAUGCUUGUUCACCUGGUCGUCCAGGACAUGCUGGCCUGUCAGGGAUGAAGGGUCAUAAAGGUGCAAAAGGAGAGCCUGGUGAACCAGGAAGACAGGGUCAUAAGGGUGAGGAAGGAGACCAAGGAAUCCUAGGUGAUGUGGGAAGUCAAGGCCCUCCAGGCCCUCCAGGUUCAAGAGGUAUGAUUGGUAUAAUGGGACCGAAAGGUGACAAGGGUGCUCGUGGGCUGGAUGGUGACCCGGGUCCCCGAGGUCUCCCUGGUGCUCCUGGUGACCAAGGACAGAGAGGUUCUCUUGGAGAGUUAGGUCCAAAGGGAGACAGAGGCCCUCCUGGUCCAAGAGGAAUAACUGGUCUCCCUGGGCCAAAAGGACAACCUGGCUUGCCAGGAGUUGAUGGCCGGGAAGGGAUCCCUGGAAUGCCUGGAGCAAAGGGUGAACCAGGAAAACCUGGCUCUCCAGGGGAUGCAGGACUUCAGGGACUGCCAGGUUUACCUGGAUUUCCAGGUGCAAAAGGUGUUUCUGGACCAAAGGGUAAUAGAGGACCCCCUGGAGUACCAGGUUUGAUGGGAAAUUCUGGUAAACCUGGAGAACAAGGGGUAGCAGGGGCAGUGGGACCAAUAGGACCAAGGGGACCACCAGGUGGUAGAGGUGAUCCAGGUCCUGCUGGUCCUCCAGGACCACCAGGGAAACGGGGCUCUGAAGGGGAUAUAGGACUUCCAGGACUCCCUGGUCCUCCAGGCCUCCUUGGUGUUAAAGGUGACAGGGGCACAGUUGGUGAGCCAGGUCCUAAAGGUGAACAAGGUACUGCUGGAUCCGAAGGAGAACCAGGAGGAAGGGGUGACCUGGGUGAUAUGGGACUGCUGGGCCCAAAGGGAUCUGCUGGUAACCCUGGAGAACCUGGUUCUCGGGGGCCUGAAGGAAGUCGUGGAUUGCCUGGCAUGGAAGGGCCACGUGGAUCACCUGGACCUCGUGGUAUGCAGGGUGAGCAAGGUGCUCCGGGACUGCCUGGCAGCCAGGGUCCAACCGGUAGAGAGCCAACAGAUCAGCACAUCAAGCAGGUUUGCAUGAGAGUCAUGCAAGAACAACUGGCUCAGCUGGCAGCCAGUCUUAGGAGGCCUGAAUUUGGUGCUACAGGUCUUCCAGGUACACCUGGACCACCUGGUGCUCCUGGACCUGCUGGAGAAAAUGGCUUCCCAGGACAGCUUGGACCUCGUGGUCUACCAGGUCUCAAAGGACCUCCUGGUGAGAUUGGUCGCAAAGGUCCAAAAGGUGAUGCUGGUGAAAAGGGGGACAGAGGAUUUCCUGGCAGAGGACCCAAAGGCUUACCUGGAACAACAGGCCUUCCAGGUGAACCAGGCAAACCCAGCUACGGUAGGGAAGGACGUGAUGGGCUACGAGGCCCACCAGGUAUAGCUGGUCAGCCUGGAGUUCCUGGUCCUCCAGGUCCUCCUGGUCCUCCAGGAUAUUGUGAGCCAUCAUCUUGCACAAUGCAAGCUGGACAGAGAGCUGGUAAGAAUGUGAAAGGGCCAUGAAAGUGCAACGCAAGUACCAGGAAAUGUUAGCAUCAAUUUACUACUUGCACAUACAGCUGACACAGAGGAGAAACAUACCAAACAAGGAAAACUUCAUCAACCAAGGCUUUAAUAGGAAAAAACUUUAACACUUUGUUGUACCAUCUUUCAAAUGUUUGUUGGCAAUACAAUUUGGAACAGUGGUGCUUUCAAAACUGCAUGGGCAAGGCCUUUGGGCUUUGUCUUUGCCCUAGGGAUACAAGGCAAUUUUCAAAUAAAUUAUUUUAAAAAUAAAGGCAUUUUUCAGUCAUACCCCUGCCAUGAUGCUGUUCAGUGAUAUACUGGGCUUUAGGGCCAAGACUAAAUAAAAAAGAAGGAAUGUUUUUCUUAAUUCAUUUCUAGCUACUACUCCUUUGGGUUAUAUUUGUAAAAUAAAUUCCAUAGAUGCCAACUUAACUGAUCACAUCACCUUGUCUACAUUCAUUCUACCAUGUGUUUGUUUCUUUUUCUCUACAAAUUACUGUGAUUUCAAUAGUCAUGGCUGCCAAGCCACACUGAAUACCUUUUAUGCUGUAAAUCUUUGUAAAUGUGUGAUCAUUAUGAAGAAGUCAUGUAGAAUAAUCUGUGCAUAAUGCCAGCUUUUAGUUUCUGCUCCAGUUUGUGUUGAAUCCCUAAUUUUGUUUGAAGCCUGUUCCAUCUUGGGUCCUUCUGUGUAAAAUCUAAGAAGGCAAGAAGCCACUGGUAAGGGAAUUUUAAUUCCCAGAAAUAAAUACGUUUUAUAGCUCAGAUUAUUUAUUUUAAAGAUCUAAAAUGACAUCGCUGGUUGUACAAAAGGAAAAAAAUAAAUGAUGUUUCUUAACCCCUUGCAUGUUUUUGAAUGAAUGAUCAUAUAUGGUACAGUUAAAAUAGAUCAGUUAGAAAAGCCCCAUUAGAAAUGUCCAGAUUCUGCCUUAUCUACUGCGACUUCAUUUUUAAAGAAAUAUGUGCAAUGCAGAUAUUUUUGUUUCUUGCUAUGUAAAUUAAAGUAUUGGUGUUUUGGAAUAUCUAACUUCCUUAAAGUGUUCUCUCUCUGAAAGAACAAAAUAAAACUAUCCUGAUUUUA